UUACUUGACUUAGUUAUUUUGGGUGGGGGGUCAGUAGGAGAAGAAACAUUUUAGUGGGGAGGGGACGACGUCUUCGAAGAUUCAAGCCACGUCGCGACGCCUGUAGCUUUUAGGACAGCGUCAACCUCUGAACUCCUUCAGGCAGACUAAAGAUCUCUUGUUUCUUGUUCUUGUAAAUAGGAAACUAAAAAGCCGCCGCCAUGGACGCGAUCAAGAAGAAGAUGCAAGCGAUGAAGCUUGAGAAGGACAAUGCGGCGGAUAAAGCUGAUGCGAUGGAAGGACAGGCCAAAGAUGCCAAUAUGCGGGCGGAGAAGGUCAACGAAGAGGUACGCGAACUUCAAAAGAAACUUACUCAAGUUGAGAACGACUUGACCACCAACAAAAACGCUUUGGAACAAGCCAACAAGGAUCUGGAAGAAAAAGAAAAAUUGUUGACCAACAGAGAAGCUGAAGUUGCCGCUUUGAAUCGUAAAGUCCAGAUAAUUGAAGAAGAUUUGGAACGUUCUGAGGAACGUUUGGCCACAGCCACCACCAAACUCGCCGAAGCCUCUCAGGCUGCUGACGAGAGCUCCCGUAUGUGCAAGGUGUUGGAAAAUCGUGCCCAACAAGAUGAAGAACGUAUGGACCAACUUACCAACCAACUUAAGGAAGCCCGUCUCCUCGCUGAAGAUGCUGACAACAAAUCCGAUGAAGUUUCCCGCAAACUGGCCUUCGUUGAAGAUGAACUUGAAGUGGCUGAAGAUCGUGUCAAAGGUGGUGAUGCCAAGAUAAUGGAGUUGGAGGAAGAAUUGAAAGUCGUAGGCAACUCCCUCAAAUCCUUGGAGGUGUCUGAAGAAAAGGCUAACCAAAGAGUAGAAGAAUUCAAGAAACAACUUAAGACUUUGACUGUCAAAUUGAAGGAAGCUGAGGCUCGGGCCGAAUUUGCUGAAAAGACCGUUAAGAAAUUGCAGAAGGAAGUUGACAGGCUUGAAGAUGAACUUGGAAUCAACAAGGACAGAUACAAGUCCCUCGCCGACGAGAUGGACUCCACCUUUGCCGAAUUGGCCGGUUAUUAAAAUACUACUACGUACUUCUUACAUGUUUCCAUCCAGCAGGGCUUCGAAAUGAUUAUCUCGAAAUGUUACUAAUCCUGCUUACAACAUAAUAUACUAUGAUGUAUUUAUUUGUAUAACUUAAUUUAUUUUACUUACAUAACAUGUUGUCUGUCACACAAAAAUAUAUUAUAUAUUAUGAAUA